UUUACAGACAGAGAGAGAGAGAGAAAGAGAGAGAGAGAAAACCCUUUACCCCCCCUCCACCUCCAUUUUUCUGCCACACUCAGCCACGGAAACUUCGUGCGAGCUCACCGAAAGGAAGGCUGGAUAGAAGGGAACUCGUUUGCUGAAUUAAAAAACAAAAACAUUACAGCUUGUUUGGCGCGUGGACGAGAGGGGUCUCUCUCGCUUCCUGCGCGUCUUUUAACUCCCCCCACAAGUCGAGGGACUCAGACGUGGAUUUGCUUCCCCGGGACGAGGCUCUCUCCCUCUCUCUCUCUCUCACCCCCCGGCCAGUGAGAAAGCAUCCUCAGCAGAGGGACUGGCGGAUAAAGACGGAACGACAGCGAUCCUCGGUCGAGCCGGGUCGGAGAAGGAUUUUGUGGAUUAAUGCUCACGAACACGCAGCGGCUUCGAGCUCCGGUUUUCACGGGAUAAUUGCCGCCAGAGUUGAGGCUUAAUUAGGCCCCAGUUUUUUGUGUCAUGUCCACAGCAGCUCGUGCACGGCUGAUGGGGAGAUUUCCGACACUGGUUAUUCACUGAAAACCUGCACGGAGACUGGUCUAAUCUGCAUGCAGCAGCCCUUUUUUCUGUUGGGAAGAUUUUCUCAGCUGCCUGAGGGUGGAAUGGUGAUCCAUCCCCUGAGGGAAAAGCUGACUGUCCCCUGACUUUUUAUUUAUUUAUUUUUUUUUAAAGAUCCUGUCUGCAGAAGAAACCCCCACCACGGAGACUGGCGCAUGCUACAGAUUUCCUCUGCUUCUCCAGCUCCCAGCUUUUCCACCGUCUUCUCUCCGGCUGCUUGUCGCUGCCUGGACUCGGAUCCCGGAAUCUUCAUGAUUUGCGGACACCAUGCUCGUUCUUUAGCCGGGAAACCCUCUUUUCGUCCCGCAUGUUUAGGACCAAACGAUCGGGGCUCGUCCGGCGACUCUGGAGGAGCCGCGCGCCCGUGGAGGGCGACGGGGAGGCGGACAGAGGAGGAGGAGGAGGAGGCGGAGGGACGCGUCACGAUCAUGGCUCCGGGGCCGGCUGCUGCAUGGGCAAAGCGACAGGCAAGGUGGCCAAGUCCGGCGCCGGCACCGAGGCUGAACUGAAGGCGCUGACCCACUCGGUGCUGAAAAAGAUCAAGGAGAAACACUUAGAGGCGCUGCUGCAGGCGGUGGAGUCCAAGGGGGGAGCCCGGAGCCCCUGCUUGCUCCUGCCCAGCAAGGUGGACGCCAAAGUGGGUCAGCAGUCUUACUCCCUCCCUAUGCUGCUCUACAAAGUGUUCAGGUGGCCGGACCUCAGGCAUUCCUCGGAGCUCAAGAGGCUGUCUUGCUGUGAAUCCUACGGGAAAACAAACCCAGACCCAGUUUGCUGCAACCCGCACCACAUGAGCAGACUUUGUGAACUCGAGUCACCUCCUCCCCCAUAUUCCCGCUACCCCAUGGAUUAUCUUAAACCACCAGAUUCUCCAGACUCUGGACCUUCAUCCAGUGAGACUGGAGGAACGACCUACUCGGCCCCCGUGGGGCUUUCAGAUUCUCUGGCGUUGCAGGAGUCUGGUGAGCGCGCCCAUUGGUGUGUGGUGGCGUACUGGGAGGAAAAGACACGGGUUGGACGCCUCUACUCGGUCCAGGAGCCUUCUCUGGACAUCUUCUACGAUCUACCUCAAGGGAACGGCUUCUGCCUGGGCCAGCUUUGCUCCGACAACAAGUCCCAACUGGUGCAGAUGGUGCGGGCCAAGAUCGGCUACGGCAUCCAGCUGACACGCGAGCCUGACGGCGUGUGGGUCUACAACCGAAGCUGCUACCCCAUCUUCAUCAAGUCGGCCACACUGGACAACCCGGACUCGCGCACGCUGCUGGUGCACAAGGUGUUCCCCGGAUUCUCCAUCAAAGCUUUUGACUAUGACAAGGCCUGCAGCCUGCAGAGGCCAAACGACCACGAGUUCACGCAGCAGCCCCGCACGGGCUUCACGGUGCAGAUAAGCUUUGUGAAAGGCUGGGGACAGUGCUACACCAGACAGUUCAUCAGCAGUUGUCCAUGCUGGUUGGAAGUGAUCUUUAACACCCGGUAGCAGCAGCUUUUCUCCGUUCUUCACUCGGACCUCUUCACAAAAAAAAAAUAAAGACUUCAUCCGCUUUUGUCGUUUCUAUCAGAAGAAGUUCAAACAGAAAAAAAAA